AUGGCCCAAGGGUACGACGUAUUCAUCGGCCUUGCCAUUAUUGUGGCGCUCUGCGUCGCAUCUUGGUUCUUUGCUCCCAAGGGUGAAAAUCAGGUGCUCUGGCGAUCUUGCUUGAUUCUGUCCAUAGUUAGUUGCUAUCUCAUGUGGGCAAUAACUUUCCUCGCGCAAUUACAUCCGCUCAUCCGACCGAAACGAAGCGACUUGCGAGAAGACUAUUUGGACCAUUGA